AUGGCGCUCAGCGAUGCAGAUGUUCAAAAGCAGAUCAAGCAUAUGAUGGCCUUCAUCGAACAAGAGGCCAAUGAAAAGGCCGAAGAAAUCGAUGCAAAGGCGGAAGAAGAGUUCAACAUCGAGAAGGGUCGCCUGGUCCAGCAACAGCGACUCAAGAUUAUGGAAUACUAUGAAAAAAAGGAGAAGCAGGUUGAACUCCAAAAGAAGAUUCAAUCAUCGAACAUGCUGAACCAAGCUCGUCUGAAGGUACUCAAAGUACGUGAAGACCACGUACGCAACGUACUGGACGAAGCCCGCAAGCGCCUGGCUGAGGUGCCGAAGAACAACCAGCUUUACACGGAUCUGCUUGUCACUCUCAUUGUUCAGGCUUUGUUCCAGCUGAUGGAGCCAACAGUGACCCUCCGCGUGCGGCAAACCGACAAGGCCUUGGUGGAAUCCGUAGUCGGCAGGGCACAGACCGACUAUAAGAAUAAGAUCAAGAAGGACGUGCAGUUGAAGAUUGACACCGAGAACUUCCUGCCAGCCGACACCUGCGGUGGCAUUGAGCUCAUCGCCGCCAAGGGACGCAUCAAGAUUUGCAACACCCUGGAGUCUCGCUUGGAGCUGAUCGCCCAGCAGCUGCUGCCCGAGAUACGUACCGCCCUGUUCGGUCGCAACCCUAACCGCAAAUUCACCGAC